UCGGCGACUCUGAAGUGCAAAUCUCAAUGUGCGUACUACUACGAACAGUCAGAAAGUGGAGAAUCUGCAUUCUGCAAAGCUCAGCCGACGGAGCUGCUUUUAGUUAGUUGAGGGAUUUUUGUUGUUUACCUAAAGAUACAGGCAGCCUCCUUUUUACAAAAUGGGACUGAAAGAUCGCCCCCAGUGCUAUUUUGAUGUGGAAAUCAACAGAGAACCAGUGGGACGAAUCGUCUUUCAACUGUUCUCCGAUAUUUGUCCCAAGACAAGCAAAAAUUUUCUUUGUUUAUGCACUGGUGAGAAAGGCACUGGUAAAACUACAGGAAAAGAAUUGUGCUAUAAAGGCUCAACUUUUCAUCGAGUGGUAAAAAACUUCAUGAUUCAGGGGGGUGAUUUCACUGAAGGAAAUGGAAGAGGAGGAGAGUCGAUAUAUGGUGGUUUCUUUGAAGAUGAGAACUUGACUCUCAAACAUGAUAGAGCUUUCCUCUUGUCGAUGGCCAACCGUGGCAAAGACACAAAUGGGUCCCAGUUCUUCAUAACUACAAAGACGGCACCUCAUUUAGAUGGAGUACACGUGGUGUUCGGACUGGUCAUCUCUGGCUUCGAGGUGAUAAAAAAUAUUGAGGGGCUGAAGACAGACUCGGCCAGCAGACCUUACGCUGACGUCAGAGUGAUUGACUGUGGACAGCUGAUCACAAAGUCGGCUAAUGAUGUGCUUCAAGGCAAGAGGAAGAAAGUGUUUCACUCUGAGGAUGACUCGCAGAGUUCUUCAGAGUCUUCAUCCCAGUAUGCCUCCUCGGCAGAGUCUGAAGGGGAGUCUGAUCAGAAAUAUGCAUCUAAAAAGAGGAAAAGAGCCCUAAAGAGUAAACACUCAAAACGGAAAAGAAGAGACACAGGACAGAAAGAGAGACAUGCAGUUAAAAUAACAGGACAAGGAAGUCAUGCUGAGGGAGAGAUGGCAGAGGAAGAUGAUGGUGAGGUUGAGCAGAAUGUAAAAAGAGAGAAGCCUGUGGUUCGACCAGAAGAGAUUCCACCCGUGCCAGAGAACCGUUUCCUGCUCCGCAGAGACAUGCCUACCCAGGAGGAAACCGUAAAAAUGGCUGUACAAGAGUCAAUCACAGCACAUGAUGACCCAAAACCAGCUGUUACAAAAUCUGGACGUAAGAUCAAAGGCCGGGGGACUAUGAGGUACCAUACGCCCCCUCGGUCAAAGUCCCGAUCAGAGUCAGAGGAAGAAAGGGGGAGUAGUGAGACCCCACCACACUGGAAAGAGGAAAUGCAAAGGAUGAAGGCUUACCAUCCCCCCAGUGUGGAGAGGUGGAGCAAAGGAGAAAAAUGGACUGACAUAAGUGAUACCCCAAGGUCUAGGUCAAGAUCAGGAGAGCGUUCCAUAAGCGAGACCUCUGUACACUCUGGGCAGCAUCGGUCCAGAAAAGGAAAAAAGAAAACCAAGCGCAAGAAGAAAACUAAAAAACGGAAACACUCAAAGAAACAUAAAAAGAGCAAGCCCAGGGAUACCUCACUGUCAGAGGGAGAGAUGUCUGGGUCCUCAAGCAAGAGGUCAAAACACUCAACCCAUGCUGAAAGGAGACCACGGUCAUACUCUCGUUCUAAUUCCCGUUCUACCUCACCUUACUCCCACAGAUCGUAUCGAUCAAAGUCAGACAGGAGACAUUACUCAUCACAUUCUUCUAAAGAUUCACGAUCCUAUUCCAGGUCCAGAAGUAGAUCUUACACCAGAAGUCACUCAAGGUCUGAGAGGCGUUUUCAGUCUUCUUUGAAGUCAAGUCAAAGUCGAUCAGGGCAUUCUGUUACACAGUCUAGAUCACGGUCUCGUUCUCGAUCCAGACACAGGACAAGGUCAAGAACCAGAUCAAACUCUAGAUAUAGAACGCUACAUUCCAGAAAGAAGUCUCCUCGAAUAACAAAACCCACAGAGGGUGGUAUUUCCAAACUGGAUAAGUCAGGUCAAGGUAAAGAACUUAAAGCCCCAGCAGCUGGGUCUUCUGAGGGUGUCUCUGUUUUGCCUAUGAGUGACAGUCCACCUCCAUCUCGAUGGAAACCAGACCAGAAACCCUGGAAACCUUCUUAUGUCAUUAAAGAAGUCAAGAAGUCAGCCCCAGCUUCAAAUAAACUAAUCAGCCCAUCAACUAAUGUACCUCUAGAGACCAUGUCCUCUCUUAAAUCAGACACUGUCCAUAGUCAAAGGGGCCAGAGCACCAGUAACAAUAAAGUUUCUGAUAGGCUUCUGCAAUGCAGUUUGUCUAGGAGCAGAUCACCCAGUGGUUCUAGAAGCAGCAGCAGAUCUUCCUCCUACAGUAGGUCAGAGUCGUAUGGUUCAUGCAAAAGAAAUUCUGGUGAAAAAACGAGUAAACAUCAUAGGUCUCUCAGAAAUAGCCACAAGAAUGCAAAUCAUAGCAAAAACAACAGGAAUACAAAUCAUAGUAGUGGCCACAGAGAUUCCUCUCCUUCUUCAGAGGAUGGAUCAGAUAGUCCACACAGUCCUAUCCAAAGACACAGUGAUUCUUUUCUACAAACAGUUGCAAUGAAAAGCAAGAACCCUAAUAAAAGGAAAGAACCAUUUGUGGACAAAAGCAGUAAAUCUGGAUGGGAAAAUGAAGUAGGGAACACAAAUAAGACUAGUAAUACUGCUCAACUUAACCAGGCCACUGUUACAAUCGAAAGUGAUCUUACUGAAAUAAAAAAGAGACAGAUUUUAUCACGCUGCUGGGAGUCUGAGAGUGAUUCUGACGUGGGAAAUACAAAGGUUGUUGGUGAUGUUUCAGAAAAAGAAGAGGGAGAGGCUAGUUCAGAAUCAGGGGGUGAAGAAAAUUUUUGGCUCUCGAAUAAAGGUGCUGAAAUGUCUAAGCAAUUGAAAAGUAACGAGGAACCCACUAAUGCAGAUGCAAAACCUAUAAAGCGCAAGAGCAAGAAAGCAAAGCGGAAACACAAACGCAAAAAGCGGAAUUCUUCUAGGUCGGGAUCUCAUAAAUCCAAGAUCAAGAAAUCCAAGAAGCACCAAAAACCAAAAGAGACCUUCCACUGGCAACCUCCACUAGAGUUUGGUGAUGAAGUUGAGGAAGAAGAUUCUGUUGUCUCUACAAAGCAUUUGGACCGUGCCAAUCCUGAUGCUGUGAAUGAUGGAGCAAAAAGGCACGUGAAAGCAGGACGGGUUAGGACCCAGGACUCGGAAAAUAAAGGCCAGGAUCAAGGGACUCGAGAGUCAACACAAGAUAAUUCAUCAAAUGAAAAUCGGAAGACUGCAAAAGAUCCCGAUCAAAGCCACCCAGAGAACCAAACCAAUUAUUCAGGCACUACCUUGCCAAAUAACCAAAACAGACCGAAAGUACAAAAACAAGGGAGCAUGUGUACUCCAGAGAAUAUCUCAGAGCCUGAGCAACCAAGGCCUAAAGCGAUUGGCAUUUCCCCACUGAAAAAUAUUCUGAAUAAUAGUAGUGCGCUUGUUCCACCUUCAACAGCGAAAGGAAGCUCUGUUACUGUCGGAUCUGCAUUAACUUCUGACAGUCAGAAAGAUGAAACCGUACCUGGCGUCACUUCUGUCUCUGCAAUUGAAAAUAAAUGGAAACCUCUGUCUGGCAUGACUGUGAUGCAGGCUCUUACUGUGAAACCUUUGAUUAUGAAAAUAAACAAACGGCAAGAUCAGUCGGAAAGAAAGACCCAGGGCCUUAAAAUUGAAAUCAAGAGCAACAAUAGAGUCCGACCAGGAUCCCUCUUUGAUGAAGUUCGAAAGACGGCUCGGUUAAAUCAGAGACCCAGAAAUCAGGACAGCUCCAGUGAAGAGGACUCUCCACCAGCAACAGGAGAAAGAGAUGGAUCCCAUAACGAGUCUCGGGACAAGUCACGUUCUGUGUCUAGUCAGAGGUCUCACCGCAGAAGCAGGUCUCAUUCGUAUAGCCACUCCAGGAGCAGGUCAAGAAGCUACACCUACUCUUCCAGGAGUUACAGUAGGAGUAGAAGCAGGAGUAGAUACACUAGAAGAGGACACUCUCGUUCUCGAAGUAGCACCUACCGAAGUUAUCGUAGCCACACGGGGAGUAGGAGUCGCUCUGGAAGUCGGCACAGAGGUCGUCACAGAUCGAGGUCUGACUCGUCCUAUAGUAACUCUAGCCAUAGUCGCAGUCGUAGCAGGAGAAGAGGGCGUCGGAGAAGCGCCAGCUCUGACCGCAGGUCCCGGUCAUAUCGCUCUUAUAGUCGCAGUUCCUCCAGGCGGCGGAGUCAUAGUCGAAGCAGUAGAUACAGCUAAGAUGAAUUGCAGAAGACAUGAUAACAUUCAUGUUUUUAUUCGUCAUGGAGAUGUCACGUACUUCGUUUGAAACUUUGUCACGUACUGUAUAAUUCAUACAUUUUGUCUCAAAUGCACAUUUAAAACAAUAUAACUUGUUAUUAUUGUUAAGUUAGGAAGGUCCAGAAUCCCUCUGGGGAGGCGAAGGUUGUACAUAUAAACCAGCCACUAACCUCACUAUGUCCAACAUGUAAAAUAUGAGUAAGUUUUGUUUGGAAGAAUUUUAAUAGGCAGUUCUAAAACAAAAUUGGCAUCAUUUUAGUUCUAAGGAGAUUUGCAAUAUUUUUUGUAACUCAAAAGCAACCAAGAAAGUGGUAGACUGGAAGGCAAAUGCUUAGUUGUGGGAGAAAUAAUUUUGUGUUUGUGAAUGGUUAAUGAUUUUUUUUAUUGUGUAUAUAAAAACAACAAAGUCUUGCUUGUUGAAUGUAUCUUGCGCUACUUGUUAAUAGACCAUUUAAAUAUAACAAACCAAUUGUGUCUGUUGUAUUGUUUUAAGUGUAUCUGUUUGUAAAAUUCUAUUCUGUUCAUAUAGCUCGAUGGUAGAGCAUUGCAUUAGCAGCGCAAAAGGUCAUGGGUUUGAACCCAGGGAACACACAUACUGAUAAAAAUGUAUACAUUGUAAUGCACUGUAAUAUUUACAUUUUAAUAACUUUUUCAAAUAAAAUGGAUUUAGCAGUG